AUGGAGAAGCAGUCGCGUCUGUUGUGUUCUGAGCUGUGUGUUCAGCGCAGACUGUAUGAGGUCACAUUAAACUGCGCGAUUCUCGCGUGGAAAGACAUACAAGUCGCCAAAAAACACACCGGACGCGCCAUAUAUGGAGCCGUCAAAGCGGCCAAUCGACCGAAGAGUUUGCUAGUGUACAUCAACCCCUACGGAGGAAAACAACAUGGGAAGCAGAUUUACGACCACAAAGUGGCCCCCAUCUUUUCCCGGGCUUCCAUUUCCACCGACGUGAUUGUUACAGAGCGUGCAAAUCAUGCCAGGGACCACUUGAAGACAGAGGCUGAUCUGAAGAAGUAUGAUGGUGUGGUGUGUGUCGGAGGUGAUGGCAUGUUCAGCGAGAUCAUGCAUGGCCUCGUCUCCCAUACGCAGCAAGAAGCAGGUGUGGAUGAGAACUCUAUGGAGGAGACCCUUAUGCCGUGUGGACUUCGCAUCGGCAUAAUUCCUGCAGGUUCGACUGACUGUAUAUGCUACGCCACGGUUGGCUCAAAUGACCCUGUCACUUCAGCACUGCACAUCAUUGUGGGUGAUUCUCAGCCAAUGGACGUCUGCUCGGUGCACAAUGAAGACCGCUUCCUGCGCUACUCUGUGUCUCUGCUGGGUUACGGGUUCUACGGAGAUGUGCUGACAGACAGCGAGAGGAAGCGCUGGAUGGGCCCGGCCCGUUACGAUAUCUCAGGUGUUAAAACUUUUCUGUCACAUCGCUACUAUGAGGGAACUGUGUCCUUCUUACCUGCUGAAGGGAACUUGGGAACUCCCAGAGACAAAAUGCAGUGCCGAACUGGGUGUAGUGUCUGUCGGCAAUCCUCUUCUGACAAACUGGUCAGCAAAAAUGAAGACAGAGUUUCUGAUGCUGAGUGUCAGGAUACGUGGACGGUCAUCAGGGGAAAGUUCUUGGCCAUCAAUGCUGCCAGCAUGAGUUGUGCGUGUCCUCGCAGUCCUAAAGGCCUGUCGCCAUCAGCGCACUUAGCAGAUGGAACUACUGACCUCAUCCUCGUCAGGAAGUGCUCCCGACUCGACUUCCUGCGCCACCUGCUGCGCCACACCAAUAAGGACGACCAGUUUGAUCACUCUUUUGUGGAGGUGUACCGGGUCAAGCAGUUCCGAUUCACCCCCAGAUAUCAGGAGUGUGAUUCUGAAGUGGACCCGAGGGAAAGCGGAGCUACAGGCAAGCGAUUCCUUAGUCAGAUCUGCAGGGAGCACAGAGCCUGUGGCUGCAUGCCUUCCCAGAGCAACUGGAACUGUGAUGGAGAGAUCCUCCCACACACUGCCAUUCAAGUCUGCCGUGGUAGCUCAGAGCUGUCCAAUGGGAGUUCUUAUGUUCUGAUUAUCUGGUACAGCUUGCAAGGAGAGAAGCUGCAAAGACCCAGGCAGGAAGGUCGUAAUGGGCCAAAGAUGUGUCUGUGA